CGGCGGGGCUGAGGGGGGAAAAAAAUAAAAAGAGAAAGCUUUGGGCGGCGGCCUCCCUUUCGAUUGCCCAUCUCCAACCGGGAUUUGCUCCGAGUGCGGGAGAGGUUCUUCGACACCGACUGAGAAUGCCUUCAGCCGCCACCGUGCUAUGAGUAGAUUCCUUGCUGGGGACACCAUUUCAGACCAGACCUCACCCGAACCCGAUCGACUCGAAGAUUUUCGUCAAAAGCAGAUCCUCUUCCUCCGAGGAGAACUUUCCGAAGCUCCUCUGUGGAAGCCCGCGGUGCAGAGAUCCCAAGAGCCACAAACAUCCUUUCCACCGGCCCGUUCGAAUGUAUGGUACAGCUACCGGGAUCCCACCAGAAGACCUUCCUGUCAGGAUAGCUGGUCACCCUUUCCUCAGAAACCAAGUUACUCUGCGGCUUGUCCGGAGGGUGGAGUUGACCAACUCGUCUCCAACUUCCAGGGGCUGACCCUGAACACGCAGGGCGUUGAAAGGCACCUCCUGGAGAUCUUGAGGGAUCUGAAAUCUGGGCAGACCGCUUGCCAACUGGCCAGCCGGCUGCGCCUCCAGACGAAAGUGGUCAACCAUCACCUCUACAAGCUCCGCCACCAAGGGCGGCUGAGUCGUUCGGAGACAACCCCGCCAUUGUGGAGGCUAGAGGACGUCCGCGACUGCUUGGAAGCCAGCCGAGAGGGACGUCCGGCCAGCCAGGAGAAAGACUGCAGCCAUCUUCUUGACUUGGGGACCGAAGAAGACGACAAAGGAAGUUCCGCUUCUGACCAGGAGGACUCGGUCGGUUUGCCUGACAUGGCCGAAGUCAAGGAGAAGAUCUGCAGCUUCCUCUUCGGGGUGACGGACUCCACGGCGCUCAACCUGGCCAAGAACAUUGGCUUGACCAAAGCCAGGGAUGUCAACGCCACCCUCCUGGCCUUGGAGAAGCUGGGCGAGGUCCACAAGGAGAACGCCAGCCCUCCCCGGUGGUCCCUCACCGACAACAAGCGCAAACGGAUGCAGGUCAAGGUGAAAGUCGAGGAGGUCCGGCAGGCCGUCCCGCCGGAGUCCGAGCCCCCGGCCCUGUGCCUCGAGCCGGAGGCCCCCACCGAGGUGCCCUCCCCUCGCCCUUCUCCCCCUCCGCCUCCGCUGCUGGAGAACGAGGAGAAGAAAAUCGAGAACGGGCAGCAGGCCGCCGAGCCCAUCGAGCCGAGUGGCGGUGGCGGGGCCUGCCCUCCGUGGUGGAGCCCCUCGUGCAAGCGCUCCCGCUACCGCCGCUUCUCCCCUUACGACCUUUUCGAGAGCAGCCACUGGGCCACCGACGACAUCCCCGAGGACCUGAAUGCCAUCAGCACCCAGGACGAGUCGAGAUACGUGAUGGAGUCCCCCCUCUACCCCAGCUACACCACCCAGUUGGACACGGCCUUCCAGUGCACCCCCUUGGAGAAGCUGGUGGCCUGCCAGAAGAAGAACCCGGUCAGCGGCCUGAUCGAGUACACGCAGUACAUGUACCAGCACUGCGAGUUCGUCUUGUUGAAGCAGAGCGGGCCGUCGCACGAGCCACGGUUUAAAUUCCAAGCCAAGAUUGACACCCGCCACUUCCCUCCAGCCGAAGCGGGCAGCAAAAAACUGGCCAAGCAGGAAGCGGCGGCCAUCGCCAUGAAAAUCCUCCUCCACGAAGCCCAGAACGAGGGGGAAGACAGCAUGAAGCUUGAAACGACCCCCGAUGAGGACAACACCCCCAAGGAGGAGGAAGAGGAAGAGGAGGCGGUGCCUGAGCAGGCCUACCCGGGGCUCUCGCCCGCCGUCCCACAACUCAACUUCCUCUGUGGGAAGAACCCCAUCAGCGCCUUGAUGGAAUACGCCCAGAAGGUGGGGAGCGUGUGCGAAUUCAAGAUGCUCUCUCAGGAAGGACCGCCUCACGACCCAAAGUUCCGAUACUGCGUCAAGCUGGGCGAACGCGUUUUCCCCGCCGUGGCCGCGAACAGCAAGAAGGGAGCGAAGCAAACGGCCGCCGAGGUCGCCAUGAAAGGGCUGAUGGGCGAUCCUGCUUACACACCUGUACCGAUUUCUCUGUGUCCUACCCUUCAGGUGGAAGCCCCGUCCGAGCCCAUUUUGGACGUACAAGGUAGCCAGCUGGCCAAUCCGGAGGAGUCUAAGACGGUCAGCGCCAAAGGCGUCGGAGAGUUGAUCAAGUACCUGAAUUCGAAUCCUGUCAGCGGACUCCUAGAGUACGCCCGGGCCAACGGUUUCGCGGCCGAAUUCAAGCUCAUCAACCAGACCGGCCCUCCCCACGACCCCAAGUUCGUCUUCCAGGCGAAAGUGGGCGGCCGCUGGUUCCCGUCCGUCACGGCGCACAGCAAAAAGCAGGGGAAGCAGGAAGCGGCCGACGCAGCGCUGCGGGUUCUCAUCGGGGAGAACGAGAAGGCCGAGCACGCCGCCGAAGGGCUGGGCACCACAGAGCUGCCGGUCAGCGGGAGCACCCUCCACGACCAGAUCGCCAUGCUGAGCCACCAGCGGUUCAACGCCCUGACCGCCCGCAUCCAGCACAGCCUGCUGGGGCGCAAGAUCCUGGCCGCCAUCAUCAUGAGGAAGGGGCAGGACGGGCUGGGGGUGGUGGUCAGCAUCGGGACAGGUAAGGGGCAGCGUUUUAUCGUGGCCUGAAA